CUCUCCUCCAUGUCAGAAGCACCUGUUGCAUCGUGGUGAGAACAUGAACAUGGAGCAGCAGAGUGAGAACAUUUAUGAGACUCCCCUGGACAGAGACUCAGACAGCCCAACGGAGGAUACCUACCAGAACCAGACCCAGACCAGCAGUAUCUACGAGACACCCAGUGACGUGGUGAAUGAUUCUGUUUACUGUGAUGUGGAAGUACCCCAGGCAUCCGGGAACGGAAACGGAGACGGUCUAACUGUGGAGUACGAGAACACCGGGAGCCAGAGAGAGGCACCUGCGGUUCCACUGCCCCAACUGGAGAGCAAGAGCAGCUCCUUCAGGUCCUCCAGCUCAUCAGAAGACGAGGGAGAAAGGGAGAAAAAGAAAGAGAGUGAGGGGGAGGAGAGGCUGGAGAGUGAGGAGGAGAAGGUGGAGGAGGAGAAGGAGGAGAAGAGGAAGUUGGAGAGGAGGGUUCUGCAGGCGAAGGUGAACACAGAUGAAGCCUCUUCCCGGCGGUCCUCUUUGUCAUCUUCUUCAUCAUCUAUUUCUACUUCAUCAUCGUUGUCAGAGCAGGGGAACCCUCCUGAGGAACCAAUGCCAGUAGCAGAUGGGCCAGUGAUCUCACUCUUCGUCAGGGCAGGGAGUGAUGGGGAGAGUAUAGGUAACUGUCCGUUCUCUCAGCGUCUCUUCAUGAUCCUCUGGCUAAAAGGAGUCGUCUUCAACGUCACUACAGUCGACCUGAAGAGAAAGCCGGCUGACCUCCAUAACCUUGCUCCAGGCACACACCCACCCUUCCUGACGUUCGAAGGAGAGGUGAAGACGGACAUCAAUAAGAUAGAAGAAUACUUAGAGGAUAUGCUGGCUCCACCCAGGUACCCUAAACUGUCAGCUAAGAACCGGGAGUCUAAUACGGCAGGAAACGACAUCUUCGCCAAGUUUUCAGCCUACAUCAAAAACAUCAGGCCAGAGAACAACGCAGUUCUAGAGAAAAGUCUCAACAAGGCAUUAGCCAAGCUGGAUGAGUUCCUUCUGUCCCCGCUGCCAGAGGAGCUGCAGGAUGGCAGAGAUGUGGCAGAAGGGGGGUCUAUACGGAAGUAUCUAGACGGAGACACAUUAACACUGGCCGACUGCAACUUGCUGCCCAAAUUACAUGUCGUCAAGGUGGUCGCUAAGAGAUACCGUAACUAUGAGAUCCCUGCAGAGCUGCGGGGUGUAUGGCGUUACAUUCAAAAUGCCUACAGGCGAGAUGAGUUUACCAACACCUGCGCGGCUGAUGCAGAGAUAGAACUAGCCUAUCAGGACGUGGCCAAGAGGCUGUCCAAGUGAUAAUGCCUGGAAUCCUUACUCUGUGUAGUUUUUCAAAAUGAAUCAAAUCAGGUUUCAUUAAAUCCAAUAAAAUAACCCAGACUCAGUCAUAUAAAAUCUAUUUUAGUAUAUCCUGCUUUCUUUCACACUUCUGGACUUUUAGACUUUUACUCAAAUAAUCGUUUUUUUUUAUAUAGUUCCAGCUGUCCCACAAAAAUACAUUUUCAGAGCAAGGGUGGCGCAGCAAGAUGAUCAAGAUGUUAAUAUUGCAAGAUUAACUUAAUUCAAGAUAUAUGAUCUUCGAUCUUUAUAAUAUGUUAAUAUUUGAACCGUUUUAGUACAGUAAAUUGGAGCAAAGAGCAGUAACCGAGGAUGAAGAGAAAGUGCUAUUUGAAUGGAAGAACCACAGUAGAUUUCAAUGAAUGGUUGGUUCGUAGAUGAAUGAAUGAUAGGGCAUGUGAUUGUGAAGUGAAAGUGCUUUCCCAGACUGCACCAUCCUGUGGUCACAGAGUUGUUGUGUGAAUUGUAAAACCAGGAAUUGACAACAAAGUUUUCUUAUAACUAUACUAAUUUGAUCAUAAGUUAACGAAUGUUAAUGAGUGUUAUUGCUCUAAUUUAAAUAAUAAAUCUAUUUUCUCAUAAA